AUGACGCCUGGCAACGGGGUGCCAGGCACCCCAGGUUUCCAGCCGUUCCUGGGCGGCAACGUGGCGGCGAUAACACCGGGCGGCUUCGGCGCGCUGCCGAUGACUCCGGGCGCGGCGCUGCACUUCGGGAGCGCGCCGGGCACGCCUGGACUGGACGCCGGCACGAGGAUGCCUGGCACCCCCGGCGGGGACGCCAGCAUGAGGAUGCCGGGCACGCCUGGCGGGGACGCCAGCAUGAGGAUACCCAGCACGCCCGGCGGGGACGCCAGCAUGAGGAUCCCCAGCACGCCCGGCGGGGACGCCGGCACGAGGAUCCCCAGCACGCCCGGCGGGGACGCCAGCAUGAGGAUACCCAGCACGCCCGGCGGGGACGCCAGCACGAGGAUCCCCACCACGCCCGGCGGGGACGCCAGCAUGAGGAUACCCAGCACGCCCCGCGCGGACGGCCCGGGAGUGCCCGCGGCCGCGCCGCAGCCAGAGGCCGCCCCGAACACCGAGGUCCUGGAGGGGGCCGAGACCCCGGGCAUGCCAGGCCCGCCUGUCUCCGAGGGCAUCCGCUCUUGGUUCAGGGACCAUCCUCUGAAGGCAUAG